GUGAAAUCCCUGAUCUCUUUCCUGAUGACGAGGUGGAGAACAUCAUCGGUUCUUUAAGAAAUGAAGUGCGUGGCCUGGGUCUCACGGACACGAGGGAAAACUGCUGGAAGUUCUUCAUCGACCGCGUUCGUAGGCAACUCAAAGUGGCCCUGUGUUUCUCACCGGUGGGCAGCAAGCUCAGAGUACGCAGUCGAAAAUUUCCAGCGGUGGUCAACUGCACUGCCAUCAAUUGGUUCCACGAGUGGCCACAGGAGGCCUUGGAGUCGGUCAGUCUGAGGUUCCUACAGGAGGUAGAGCACAUCCAGCCAGAGGUGAAGGACUCAGUGAGUAAGUUCAUGGCCUAUGUGCAUGUAAGCGUGAACAAGACCUCGAGGGACUACCUAGCCAAUGAGAGGCGGUAUAACUACACUACACCCAAGUCCUUCCUGGAGCAGAUCAAGCUGUAUCAGAACUUGCUGGCGCUUAAGAAAAAGGAUCUCACCACGAAGAUGGAACGACUGGAAAAUGGCUUGGAGAAGCUCAACAGCACCACGGCUCAG